AUGGGUAAGAGAACUGAAACUUUUCAUGCUUUUAAUCCCUCCAUUUUCAUCCUAUUCUUUUUCAGCUUGUUUCUGUCACAGCAUUAUUGUGCAGAAGUUUAUAACAUAACUUCUUCACAACCAUUAGCAGAGGGACAAACUCUUGUCUCCCCAGGCCACAUUUUCGAAUUGGGCUUCUUCAGUCCUAAUAAUUCUGCUAACAACAAUGGGAACCUGGAGCUUGUAGAUGGGAAACAGAGUUGUAUUUGGUCAACCAAUAUUUUAGUGUCAUCUAAUGGUUCAGCUGCACUUCUUUUAGACAGCGGAAACUUUGUUGUCCAAGAUGAUAUAGGAGCUCAAUUAUGGAGGAGCUUUGAUUAUCCUGGUGACACACUUCUACCAAUGAUGUUGCUGGGAUUUGAUAACAAAUCUGGAAAGAGGGAUGUCUUGACUGCGUGGAAAAGUGAGAGUGAUGGAUCAACUGGGUUGUUCUCGGUUGGAUUGGCACCACAGAUCCCAACACAAAUGUUCAUUUGGAUUAAUGGAUCAACUCAUAAUGUCUUAUUAUAUGUCCUGGACUACAAAUAG